AACCUUAAUCCCACUCUCCUCUAUUAUUCGUGUACAGCACUCGCAUAUAAGACAAGCCUGGACAAUAACAUCUCCGCGUGGUUAUCACAAUUGCGCGUGGACCAAAAUUCCGUAUACUGCGGAACUUUCAACAGGCCUUCCAUCAACCUUCCUUGCAUAUUCCCCAUUCCCUCCCCCCCUUAACGCGUAAAAGGGGGUCGGUCUUCAGAGUUCAGUCUAUUCUCUUCACUUCACUUCCCCUCUACGCACACGUACACGCGCUUCAUAAUGGAGUUCUCAUGCCCAGAAAACAAACCGGCCGGUCGAGGAAAGGCAAUCGAAGAGCUCCAACAAGGUUUCGAGCUCGCAAAACAACUUCAGAAUCUCAUGAUUGCUAAAUCUUCACCAGGAAAUAACGAGAAGUCUGUGUACUCAUCAUUUGAUGAUCUAGUUGAGAGGAUAUCGGAUUCCUUCAGUUAUGCUAUUUCGGAAUUCAGUAAUGAUCAGUGCAGUGAAGUUAAUCAGUCUCCGGUGAGUAUGGCUGGCCGGAAGUCGGAGGAUUCCGAGAGGAAUAGCAAGAGUACUACUAUGACGGUAAAAAAUCGAAGAGGAUGCUACAAGAGGAGAAAGACAGAAGACACAUGGUCAACAGAGACCCUUAAUUGGGUGGAGGAUGGACAUUCAUGGAGAAAGUAUGGCCAGAAAGAGAUCCUCAAUUGCAAAUACCCUAGGAGCUAUUACAGGUGCACAAACAAGUCAGAUGGUUGUCCAGCUACGAAACAUGUGCAACAAAUCAGAGAUGAUCCCCCAACAUACCGUACAACACAUUGCGGCAACCAUACAUGCCAAGAUUUGCUUAAACAAUCUCAAAUUUUGUUGGAAGAUGAUUCUGAUUAUGCUGCGGACUCUUCUGUUCUUGUCAGCUUUGAUAACAGCAGCAACCUCAAGAACAAACAACAAGAUCAUAACACCAUCUUUAAUCCCUUUUUCUCCUCCUCCUCCUCGCUUUCAAUAAAGCAGCUGGAUCAGCACAAUAUUGUUGAUCAAAAUUAUAAUAUAGUACAAAGUGAUUUCACCCAAAACCAACCCUCAUUGUCCGAUCAAUAUCUCUUCUCUCCUGAUGAAUUUACUGCCUUUGGAUCACUUUUGACAUCUGAUCAUGCGGAUCGUGCCAUUUCUUGCACUGCUAACCUUGACAUGGGAUCCUUUGAUGGCUUUGAGGUGGAUGAUGUGCUUAAACAAUAUGGGUUUGAGUAAUCAUGCAUGAUGCAGAUUAAAUCAAACUUCUUAGUAAUUAGGAGAGCUGCCUUAUGUUCAAUGAUGACGUGAAACAUUGUAAUUAUAUAUGUUCUUGUUGUCGUAAAUAAGAAUAAUAGUUGCAGAAAUUGAAACCAUGCAAGAAACAAUUUUAUUGAUCA